AUGGUCAAGCGCAAGCGCAACGACGCCUCCAAGGAGGAGAAGCCCGUCGAAACCCCCGCAAAAACAAUUAAAUCGGCCCCGACCCCGUCACAAGCUCCCGAUGCAGCUCUUACUAUCCAAGUGGUUACCGGUUCCUACGAACGCGUGCUGCACGGAUUCACAGCCGGUUUCCCCGCCUCUACUUUGAACACCAAAGACGAAGCUUCCAAUGAGUCUGACCCUUCGAUUCAAUGCGUCGACACGUUCUUGUUCGAGGCCCAUGGCUCCGCAAUCCGCUGCCUCGCCCUUUCCCCGUUGCCCAAGGCCACCGACUCGGCGGAUGCUCAGAAGGUCUUCCUCGCCUCAGGAUCGACCGAUGAGAGAAUCCAGCUGUACUCUCUUGCCGCCGCUCCUCCCGCUGUGAGCGACGAAUAUCCCUCUGUGCCGACACUGGCCGGAAACAAAAUUCUCGAGAACCCCAAAAACCGCGAGCUUGGAUCUUUGUUGCACCACUCUGCCAGCAUUACCGCCCUGAGCUUCCCCUCGCGCAGCAAGCUGCUUGCUGCCGGUGAGGAUAAUGAGAUUUCUAUUUCUAAAACUCGUGACUGGUCCGUCGUCUCGACUAUCAAAGCCCCACACCCCAAGGUUCAAGGCCGCCCCAGCGGUGACACGGCGCCCCCGGGUGCUGCUCCGUCUGGUGUGAACCACUUUGCGGUCCACCCCAGUAUGAAGUUGAUGCUGAGCGUGGGCAAGGGGGAGAAGUGUAUGCGUCUCUGGAAUCUGGUUACGGGUAAGAAGGCGGGUGUGUUGAACUUUGGACGAGAGAUUCUCCAGAGUGUUAAGGAGGGCAAGUGGAGUAGUGGAGAGGGCCGUCGUCUUGCAUGGAAUGCUGCCGGCGAAGAGUUUGCGGUGGCUUUCGAAUGGGGUGCUGUGGUGUUUGGAGUUGACUCGACUCCCAAGUGCAGACUUCUCCCCAACCCUCGAAGCAAGAUUCAUCAGAUGAAAUAUGUAUCCUUUGGUGAUGAUGAGGAGAAGAAAGACGUGCUUGCUGUUUCCACGGAGGAUGGCCGUGUCAUCUUCUAUUCGACUACGGUUUUGCAAGAUGCUGAGGAAGGUGAUGACUCUACUAUUCCCCACGCUACUCCGGUGGCCCAGGUUGGUGGCAAGCAAGCAGACCUGCCUGGACGUAUCAAGGAUUUCGAGGUUUUGAGCUUGGAAGGACAAGCAACUGAGAUUCGUAACGAUUUCCUGCUGGUGACUGGAAACAGCGAUGGAGUGGUUCGUGUCUGGAAGGUGAAUGGAAAGUCUUUGGUUCCUGCAAAGAAGUCCAAGGGCUCGAAGGAGUCUAAGGAUACAACCCGCCAAACCGGCAAGCUUCUGACGACAUAUGAGACUGGAAACCGCAUCACAUGCCUGGCAGCGUUCGUUAUGCUGCCGGCUGAAGAUCCUUCAUCUCUCUUCGACUCUGCAGAUGAGGAGUCUGAAGAAGAGGAGUCCGAGAGUGAUGAGGAUAACGAGUGA